AGGAUCAUGGUGACGACGCUAGACCUGCACCAGCUACCGGCAAGAUGACAUUGCCAACCCCUGGCAGAGUGAAGAAAAUGCUUCCAAUUUCUAAUGGAAGCUUCCAAUUUUCACUCAUCUUCAAAUUUAUGGUUUUCUUCAAACUUUUUUGUUACUCGACUGCCUUCCAAAAUAACAUACGGUUCACUGCUGCCUUGUACAACGCCAGCGUCCACGAGAACGCUGUCGGUAACACCCUUGUGGUCAGUCACGAGAUGAUGGGGGUGUUCCUUCCUAACCCAAACUAUUCUAUAAAAUACAGAAUAGUUGACGGUGACAACCACAACUUCUUUCGUGCCUCCCCAAAAACCGUCGGGAAUUUCUGUUUUCUGGAAGUCUACGUCAGGACGGGCAAUAGUAGAAACUUGAACAGGGAGAGCAGGAGUCAGUUCCAGCUCAAAGUUCAAGCUCUCCUGCGCAGUUCAGAUGGAACAGAAACCGAAAUUCCUGGAGCUGAGACCAGAGUUUUGAUCAAAAUUAUAGAUGCCAAUGAUCUGUCACCGUUCUUUUUGGAGAGCGAAUACCGAGUGACAGUGAGUGAAGAUACUGCGCUUUAUUCCUCUAUCGCACGGGUAAAAGCUGAAGACCCUGACGAAGGACUCAAUGGCGAGGUUUACUACAGUUUCAGCCAACCCACAACCCAGUUCUCAAUUCAUCCAACGACAGGUGUCGUGUCACUGACCAAACCCUUGCACUAUCUCCAGAAGUCUCUUCACAGACUCGAAGUCGUUGCCAAAGACCGUGGGUAUAACAGCCCAGCCGCUUUGUUUCCUUCAGAGGCCACCCUAGUAGUAAAUGUUGUAGACGUCAACUUGUACCCACCUCAAAUUGAAAUCAUUCGUCUGGCGGAAAGUGUCACCAGUGGGUAUCUCGUGGUCCAUGCCAUCGUUAACGUGAUCGACAACGAUAAAGGACCUAGUGGUGAGAUUCACUCUUUGGAGAUCAAUGACGGCGAUCCAGAAAAAGUAUUUCGAAUUCAGCCAGGAUCUUCGGCUCAGGAAUUUAGUUUAGGAACUUUACAUCCAAUCAGGUGGAGGGAUGCGCCGUACGGGUACAACCUAACACUCAAAGCGGUGGACAGAGGUACUCGGCCGCGAUUUAGUUACAAGCUCUUCAGCAUAGAACCUCCUGCUCUUGUUCAACAGGAAGCUAUUUUCAAGGAGGAAGUGUUUUACGUAAACGUGAGCGAAUCUGCGCCUCCGGGCAGUCAAGUGGUGCAAGUGAGCCCCUGGGUCCCGGGAUCCCAAUCCCGCGUGACUUUUUCCAUUUCAGCUGGCAACGAAGGCGGGGAAUUUGAGCUCGAUACGACAACGGGAACCCUCACCACCGCCAUGUUUCUUGAUGCUGAGACGCGUGACACUUAUUCACUAACGAUAGAUGCCUCAACUGCUGCUCCCUUGCGGCAGCAUCAGCAAGCCUCCACAAGGGUCGUCGUGAGGAUUCAAGAUGCCAACGAUAACUCGCCAAUGAUUGUCGCUCCCCAGGAUGUCGUCUUCGUCGACGAAAACCAACAAAAGUCGAGUUUUGUGAUCUACGUUCGCGCCCAAGAUUAUGAUUCUGGGAAGAAUGCCCUCUUGUCUUAUUCCCUAGCUAAUGAGGAUGACGUACCCUUCACCAUCGACAGUUUUUCGGGAGAACUGCGCACCACUCGCCCUCUCGAUUACGAAACUGAGAGGCGAUCGUGGCGGCUAGUAGUUAGGGCCUCUGACUGGGGCGAACCUUACCGGAGACAAACCGAGAAGAUCAUAACUGUCAAAGUCGUCGACGUCAAUGACAAUCGGCCUCAGUUUGAGCAAGUCGACUGCUCUGGCUCCAUCGCUAGAUCGACUCCCAUCGGAACAGAAAUAAUGAACGCAACGGCGGUUGACUUCGACUCGGGCAACAUCAUCAGCUACCGCAUCGUAGGCGGCAACAAUGACAGGCUGUUCAACCUCGAGCCCCACACUGGCGUCUUAAGCUUGGCUUCUGAUCUGCACGACGUCGUGUCGUCAAGAAGGUUAUUGAACGUUACUGCCACCGAUGGCCAGCACUUCUCAGACAUCCUAACUAUCAGUUUACAUUUCGAACCUCACGUUUCCCACACUUCAUCCAACAAAUGGGUGUCGCUCAAGUGCAAGGAGGCGGGACUUUUCAAACAGCUGCAAUUUCAGCUCGCUAAAUCUACUGCAAGCAACGCAGUGAUCGACGAACGAAAGCCGUCUUUGAGUCCACCAUUGACCACGAAUUUCCAUACACCUCACAUUUCAGAAGUGCCGUCUGAGGUGAGGAUACGUGAAAACAGUGAACUAGGAACUGUGGUGCUGAAGAUUCAAGCCCGUGAUCCUGACUUUGGCUAUGACGGGGACAUCGUUUACGCCAUCAGUGGUGGUAACGUCGAAUCUGUAUUUCAAAUCGGCGCCGCGUCAGGAGAAAUUACAGUUGUGGGUCACCUGGACCGUGAACGCGAACCGAGUUACACGCUCAAUGUGACAGCUUACGAUCAGGGAUACCCGAGACGUUCCGCAUCUCAGUCUGUAUUCAUCACUUUAGUUGACGAGAACGACAACGAUCCUGAAUUCGAUAAGUCAUCGUACCGAUUUUUCCUGCCUGAAAGUGUGGCUAUCGGCACCGGCGUUCGCCAGCUUUUGGCUCAUGAUCCAGACUCGGGCGCGUUUGGACUUGUUAGAUACUCACUCGCUACGGACACCCAAGACUUCGUGUUGCAUUCCGAGACGGGGCUGCUGACGGUGGCUCAGGAUUUAGAUUAUGAGCGACAAAACUCGUACGAACUUCGCAUAGUUGCUCAGGACGGCGGGUCAAGGUCCACGCACACGUACGUUACAGUGGAAAUCGUCAACAUAAACGACUGCCCUCCUGAGUUCUCCGAGAAAGGCGCUGCUGAGGUCAGAGUUCCUGAAGACUUGCCUGUUGGUUCCUUGGUGACGCUCAUCACUGCGAGGGAUGCGGACUCCACUAACCUCAGGUACACGUGGGAGGGCCCGCACGAGGGCACGUUCUCCCUGGACCAGGAGACGGGGGCCCUUCGUCUCGACGCGCCGCUGGACUACGAAGGACGUCGCGUCUACAACGUCUCCGUCAGGGCCUCUGACGACGGCAGUCCGCCUCUGUCAGCCGUCACACGUCUCCUCGUCGUCGUUGUGGACGUUGACGAGAACCAGCACAGUCCGGAGUUCGGGGCGGCGGUGGUGGAGGCUCGUAUCGCAGAAGAUGCGCCGCCGGACACGCUGCUGGUGGCGGUGCCCGCCAUCGACGCUGAUAUUGCACCUCUCGACAGCGCCGUUACCUACCGGCUGGUGGGGAGUGAAGGACUCGACGCCUUCUACGUCAACCAUUUGGGCGAGAUCUACUCGUCUGCUCUACUGGACCGCGAGACGAAGUCGUCCUAUUGGCUCACCGUCCGCGCUCAGGACGCCGGUACCGUACCGCGCUACAGCACGCUACACGUGAGUUGCCAGGCUACACGCGAGAUCCGCACAACGGAGCGUCGUCUGGACCGCGAGCAGCAGGCGACCCACGUUCUCGAGGUGACCAUCUCUGACGGUCCCUGGAACACGUCGAGCCUCUCGUCCAGGAACUCGACGAGCCUCUCGUCCACCACCCUCGUCGUCGUCAAGGUGCUCGACGAGAACGACCACGCACCCCAGUUCCUCGAGAGCGUCUACCGCUUCAUCGUCCCCCUGCGUCACGGGGAGGGGGCGCCUGGUGGGGGUAAGGAAACCCCCAACGCUGCUGCCCUCACAUCGUCUGUGCAGCUGCCGGUGUCUCGGGUGAUCGCCUGGGACCGGGAUGAGGGGGAGUACGGAACCAUCGUGUACCACCUGAGAACCGGUAACUCGUCUGCCUGGUUCAGGGUGCACCCAACAACGGGGGACAUCUUCUCCACCCUCCCCCUGCAACCCCACCACACCUACGAGCUACGUAGCAGAGCCCACUACACGCUCCUCCCUCACCCCGCCCCCUCCCUCGGGCAGGUCUCUGUGUCUGUAGGGGACCGCAACGAGCAUCGGCCGCGGUUCUCGCAGCCCCUGUACAAGGUGGAGGUGCGGGAGAGCGCCCCGCCGGGCACGCGGGUCCUGCUGCUGGCGGCGGAGGACCGAGACCGCGACCAGCACCUGCUCUACGCCAUCGUCAACGCCGCGCACGUCAGGUCCCAGGGCCUCUUCACCCUGCACCCCGUCACUGGGGACCUCCUGCUCGCCGCGCCCCUUGACAGGGAGGUGCAGAAGGAGCACCUGCUGACGCUGCAGGUGCAGGACCGCAUCACGCCCCGGCAGCAGGACCUCUGCCGCGUCCUCGUCAGGGUCCUGGACCACAACGACCACGCGCCGCUCUUCCUGCACGCCUCCUACAGCGCCUCCCUCGACCAGGACGCGCCCCUGGGCACCAGCGUCCUCACGGUCACCGCCGUCGACCGGGACCAUGGGGCCAACGGGGCCGUGACGUACUCCAUGGUGUCGGGUAACGCUGGGGGGGCGUUCGUGGUGUCUGCAGACGGGGGGCAGAUCUCCCUGGCGCGCCCCCUGCCCCCCCACCGCCCCCCGCAGGAGUUCAGGCUGACGGUGAGGGCGGAGGACGGGGGCGCGCCCCCCCGGCACUCCCUCGUCAGCGUCGCCGUCGCCGUGCACAUGUCCAGGACCGCGUCUCCCAGGUCGCUGGAGGUGGCCCAGCUGAGCGCCCAGGACCUGGACUACGGGGGGCGCGCGCCCCUUGUGUUCCACAUCGCUGAGGGCGACGACGAGGGGCGCUUCGUCGUGGACGCCGCGUCAGGACGCGUCGUCGUCCGUAACGCCAGCGACAUCGCGCCCGAGUAUCGUCUCAAGGUGGUGGUUAGCGACGGCGUGUUCUCCUCGAGCGCCAUACUGCACAUCAGAACAGAACCGCUGCCACGAACCUCUCUCCGGUUCAGCCAAGACAAAUACUUCGCUGUGGUAGAGGAGAACCACAAGGAGGUGGAGACGGUUCUCCUGGUCCACGCCGUGGGCACGGAACUCAACGAGCACCUCGAGUUCCGCAUCCUGAACCCCAGCCUCAUGUUCUCCAUCGGGGAGACCUCGGGGGUGCUCGUUACUACUGGCACGCCCUUUGACAGGGAAGAGCAGGACUCGUACCUGCUCGUGGUGGAGGUGAGCGGGACUCGUGGUGGAGGUGCGAAGUUCGUUACCGAGGGCAACACGGCGGGGGCGUUCACCGUGGGUCUCAACAAGGGCGCCGUGACGCUCGCCCGCCCCCUGGACGCCGAGGCCGCGGACGCCUACAGCCUCACCAUCGCCGUCACCGACGCCGUCCACACCGCCACCGUCAUGGUCUCUGUGUCUGUAGGGGACCGCAACGAGCAUCGGCCGCGGUUCUCGCAGCCCCUGUACAAGGUGGAGGUGCGGGAGAGCGCCCCGCCGGGCACGCGGGUCCUGCUGCUGGCGGCGGAGGACCGAGACCGCGACCAGCACCUGCUCUACGCCAUCGUCAACGCCGCGCACGUCAGGUCCCAGGGCCUCUUCACCCUGCACCCCGUCACUGGGGACCUCCUGCUGGCCGCGCCCCUCGACAGGGAGGUGCAGAAGGAGCACCUGCUGACGCUGCAGGUGCAGGACCGCAUCACGCCCCGGCAGCAGGACCUCUGCCGCGUCCUCGUCAGGGUCCUGGACCACAACGACCACGCGCCACUCUUCCUGCACGCCUCCUACAGCGCCUCCCUCGACCAGGACGCGCCCCUGGGCACCAGCGUCCUCACGGUCACCGCCGUCGACCGGGACCAGGGGGCCAACGGGGCCGUGACAUACUCCAUGGUGUCGGGCAACGCUGGGGGGACGUUCGUGGUGUCUGCAGACGGGGGGCAGAUCUCCCUGGCGCGCCCCCUGCCCCCCCACCGCCCCCCGCAGGAGUUCAGGCUGACGGUGAGGGCGGAGGACGGGGGCGCGCCCCCCCGGCACUCCCUCGUCAGCGUCGCCGUCGCCGUGCACAUGUCCAGGACCGCGUCUCCCAGGUUCGCACAGCGCGACUACGUGUUCGAGGUGGGCGAAGGCGCCCGCGUGGGGGCGCUGGUGGGCGAGGUGGGCGUCGAGAGUCGUCUGGNUGUAUAUACAUUGCAUGUAAUCAUGUAUGAUGACCUCACCCUCAGGGCCCAGUCCAUGAGUGGCCAGGAGUCGUGGUGUCGUGUGGUGAUCAACAUCCUGGACGAGAACGACAACGUGCCCGUGUUCACGCACACGACGUACCACGGGCACGUGUCCGAGGCCGGUCCCGCGAACACCGUGGUGCUGCUGCAGGGCCACAACUCCCCUCUGGUGGUGAGGGCAACGGACCGCGACUCUCAGCACAACGCGCGCCUCUUCUACGAGAUCAUUGAGGCCGAGGCCCGGCAGUACUUCUCCAUAGACUCCGCUACAGGAGCCAUCAGGACGCUGGGUGUGGUGGACCACGAGGUGACGUAACGCGUGACGUUCAGCGUGAGUGUGCGUGACGAGGGCAGCCCGCGUCUCACGGCGCCGUCCCACGCCCGCGUCACCGUCGACGUCGACGACGUCAACGACGUCCCGCCGCGCUUCCUGCGUCAGCUCUACGACGCUACGUCGCUGGAGGUGGCCCAGCUGAGCGCCCAGGACCUGGACUACGGGGGGCGCGCGCCCCUUGUGUUCCACAUCGCUGAGGGCGACGACGAGGGGCGCUUCAGGACUCGUGGUGGAGGACUCGGGGAGCACAGUCCACCAGCUCCCUAUGUACGCAGUUCCCUACCGGUGACGCCGCGGCGCGUGAGUCACGUGGUCGUGCAGGUCGUGGUGCUCGACAAGAACGACAACGCGCCUGUCUUCGUCAACACGCCCUACUUCGGCGUCCUGCCCGUCGACUCUCCUAAAGAUUCUGUCGUCUUCAAGGUUCAGGCGACGGACUUCGACGCAGACGAGAACAAAGACGUGCGGUACGAGCUGACGAGCGGCGAGGGCGACGUGUUCAGCGUGCACCGCACGACAGGCGACGUGCGCCUGCGACGACCGCUGCGAGGUCUCCUGCACGACUACGAGCUCGUCGUCGCUGCUUAUGAUGGAGGGCAACCGCCGCUGUCCUCCACCGCCGUUGUCCACCUGAAGGUGGUGGACAAGUCCCAGCCCAUCUUCCGGCGUCAGUUCUACAGCGCUGACGUGCAGGAGUCAGCGGAGGUCAGCACUCCGGUGGUCAGCGUCGAGGCCUACAGUCAGCUCAACCGCAAGCUCUUCUACACCAUCGUCAGCGGCGAGGGCCAUCACCACUUCGGCAUCAUCAGAGUCCAUGACGUACUGGACUACGAGCAGCAGUCACGGUACGUUGUCACGGUACGGGCGCUGGACACGGUCACGGGCAAACACGCGGACGUGGAGGUGGCCGUGACCGUGACGGACAGCAACGAUCACGCCCCGCGGUUCCCCGCGCCCUUCGUCAACGUCGAGGUGUCUGAGGGCGCCGCCAUCGCUGCGCAGGUGCUGCAGGUGCAAGCGGCCGACGACGACACCGGUGACAACGGCCGCAUAAGCUACAUGCUCGAGGAAGACAACCGCGACAACGACAACUUCUACAUGGAUAACAACUCUGGUGUUGUUGUCCUCAAGCGCAGUCUGGACCGAGAGAGACAAGCGUCCCACAUGCUCACUAUCGUCGCCACUGAUAAGGGGUCCCCGCCCCUCUCGUCCACUGCAUACGCGCUUGUUAAUGUGUUGGACAUGAACGACAACCCGCCAGAGCCGGAGCAGCCGUCAGUGCGGUGCAGAGUGUCGCAGGGGGCGCCACGCAACCACUUCGUCGCGCUCGUCGCCGCGCACGACGAGGACGUCGAUGACGCAGACAAGCUCGUCUACGCCAUCGUCAGCGGCAACACAGCGCAGGCCUUCAACAUCGAGCCCGACACUGGUCAGUGUUGCGGGAACAUUUACACUGCUUUCAGGUGGUAUUUUUAUUGCCCGUCCCUCACGUGCUCGUCCCUCACACCACCCUUCCCUCACGUGCCCGUCCCUCACGUGCCCGUCCCUCACGUGCCCGUCCCUCACGUGCCCGUCCCUCUCGUGCCCGUCCCUCACGUGCCCGUCCCUUACGUGCCCGUCCCGCAGGUGGCAGAGAACGGGCCCGCGGGGACGCCCGUGGUGCAGGUGGAGGCACGGGACCGGGACCAAGGAACCUACGGGCACGUGACGUACCACCUGCUGGGGGACGUCGCCAGCAAGUACCUGCGCGUCGACAGGAGCUCUGGCGAGGUAUGGACGGCGGCCGAGCUUGACCGCGAGCUGACGCCAGUUCUGUCCUUCACGGUGAUGGCCGUGGACGGCGGCGGACGGACGGGCUUCAGCGCUCUGUCCGUCGCCGUGAUGGACGAAAACGACAACAAACCGCAGUUUGAGUUCCGCAAAUACCGAGCGCUGGUAGCGAGCAACCACAGCAGACAGCAACCAUUGCUUAAGGUGACGGCGCACGACGCAGACGUGGACGUUAACGGGACGGUGCGGUACGUCUUCCACGCGAGCACGUCAUCCGCCGCCCUCGCCGCCCUCACAAGAGAAAUGAUACCCGGGACGACAUUGGAGGUGCUGGUGGAGGCGAGGGAUGGAGGAGACCCAGGCGUGUGCAGUGCAGUUAUCCACGUCACUGAUCCACUGCAAGCCACGCCGCGCUUCCUCUCAUCCACCUACAACUUCAGCGUGCCGGAGAACGCUUCCACCGGUUCUGUUCUGGGGUCCGUGGAGGCGACCUGGAGCCUGGAGCAGAGCAUGGAGCACGGCAUGGAGUACACCGUGGAGUGGUCACGUGAGCAGGAGUCUGCUCCUGUGAGCGUGACGCCCUCAGGUCAGCUCCUGCUCACCAGUCUGCUCGACCGCGAGUCGUGGGACGUGGCCAGCAUGCGGGUCACUGCUACGCCUGCCGUCUACCCGCACCUGGCUGUGUCUACCCGUGUCUACCUGCAGGUCAGUCUACCAGCGUCUACCCGCAGGUCAGUCUACCCGCGUCUACCUGCAGUCGAGGCGUACGACGACGACGCGGGCAUCAAUGCAGAGCUGCGCUACCUCCUCCAGGAGGGCGGCGCCCCUGUGGUUGAAGAGGGGGGCGGCGCCCCUGAACCCCUGUUCCUGCUGGACCCCUACACGGGGUGGCUCUCCCUCAACCGACCCCUGGGGGUCAACCACAACCCCGUCUACAACCUCGUCGUGGAGGUACGUGACGCAGGCAGUCCGCCGCAGACGUGCUCGUGUGAGGUGCAGGUCGUCGUGACGGAGGACAGCCACCGUCCGCUGGCCUUCACCAGCACCCGCUACUCCGGGGCAGUGCCGGAGGACAGCGAGCCCGGCACGGUGGUCACUACGGUCUCUGUACGUGAACGUGACGUACAUAAGCCCGUUACUAACGUCCAAGAGGGUCCCGAACUUGCCGACGUCGCUUUCUACAUCACGGCCGGCGACGUCCGACGUCAGUUCGCUGUACGGACGUCGGGAGAGGUCUACGUCCGCCGCAGGCUGGACCGUGAGGACGUCGAGACGUACCACCUGACCGUGACGGCCACCGACGGUACCAACGUCGUCCAAGUGCCCGUCACCAUCGACGUAAUAGAUGUGGAUGACCACGCGCCCGUCUGUACGUCGCCGUCUUACGACGUCGCGGUCUCGGAGGACGUAGAGCUGGGGACGGUCGUAGCUCAAGUCUCCGUCUACGACCCAGACCUCAACUCCAGUCCACGGUUCCUGCUGAUGGACACGGAGGACUCUAACCCGUUCACGGUGGACGUGGACACGGGCCACGUGACCGUAUCCUCUCCUCUUGACCGUGAAACACGUCCGGACUUCAGCCUCCUGGUGACCGUUAUUGACGGGCAAAACACGGACUGGAAAUGUUACUCCCGGGUUAACGUCCGCGUCACGGACGUUAAUGAUAACCGUCCACGGUUCAGUGAGCAGAGCUACACGGUUAACCUGCCUGAGAACUCACCCGAGAACCGGCAACUGAUGAAGCUACAUGCCGUUGACGGGGACACUGGCAACAACGGGCGCGUCAGCUACUCCGUUGACGGGGACCCUGUGUUCCUGGUUGACAGGUUGACAGGAAUACUGAGCGUGACGGAACAAUUAGACAGGGAAGAACGGGCCAUGUACAACCUAACCGUCACGGCCACGGACCACGGGACGCCGUCCCUGUCAACGCACGUCACCGUCCUGGUCUUACCCCCAGACAUGAACGACAACCCCCCCGAGUUCGCGAGCCACACGUACCACACGACCAUCCCUGAGAGCGCCCGCGUCAGCACCGACGUGACGCGCGUCCUUGCCAACUCCAGGGACGUCGGCGUCAACGCGCACAUCUCCUACAGCAUCAUCGGGGGCAACGAGCACCGCAAGUUCGCCAUACAUCCAAAGACUGAACUCAGCCGACGCGUUACAUCGCUGAGCGCUUAUCAACUAAACCAGGCAACCGUCAACGUCACCAUCACCGACGUCAACGACAACGCCCCGAUAUUCAUCCAGAACUCCUACUCUGCCCUCGUCAGCGAGGGCGCCGCCAUCCAUGACCGCCUCCUACAGGUGGUUGCCAGCGACCAGGACGAAGGUGUGAACGGUGAGAUCAGCUACUCCAUCCUGCGGGGCGACGGCGCCCACGAGUUCAGCGUGAACCCCAGCAGCGGCUGGAUCUCCGUCGCCAAGAAGCUUGACCGCGAGGCCACCAAGUCCUACACGCUGGAGCUGCUGGCGCUGGACCACGGCAUCCCUCAGCGGACGGGGUCUGUUACGGUCUACAUCGACGUCACCGACGAGAACGACAACCCGCCGGUCUUCGAGGGCGGCACACACUCGGUCUACGUCAAGGUCUGUUGCCUUCCUACUGCUGUAGGGACGACAGCCACUCCGUCAACGUCAAGUCCGUUCAUCUUCGAGAUUUGGUCCGGAAACUCGGACAAUGCGUUCCGCAUUACGGAGUCCGGACAACUGCGGACAGCUGCUAUACUCGACCACCGACUCCGCAAUCUCUACAAACUCCAGAUCAGAGUUUACGACAGCGGCAACCCGCCUCUGUACUCAGAGACCUGGCUUGACGUAAAGGUUAUCGAAGAGUCGCAAUAUCCUCCCGUUGUGCUGCCCUUCCAAGUCACCAUGUUCGUCAGAUCGGCCGACUACACCGGCGGAGAUAUCGGUAGAGUCACUGCGUCUGACCAGGACGCCUACGACGUCCUAAGUUACGGCAUCGUAAGUUCGGCGCGAGACUCCAGGUACUUCACUGUUGGUCGGACGACCGGGGUGCUGUCCAUCAAAGGGCAUCUUGACGAAGGCCAGUACUCAGUCAAUGUGUCCGUCACGGAUGAAAAGUUCGUGACGUACAGCGAAGCGAACGUCGAAGUUGUUGACGUCACGCAGGACAUGCUCGAUAACGCGGUCAUCGUGACAAUCGCUGGUGUGGCUCCUGAAGAGUUCUACGUCUCCUACAGGAGAAGUUUCCAUCGUGGCAUACGGUCAAUACUCAACGUCAAAUCUCGCGACGUUGUCAUACUUUCCAUCCAGUUGACGACUUCACGCAGACGUCGCGACAGCGGCAGGAAGAACGUACAGAACGUGUCGAGCUACCAGGAGGAGAUAGAAGUCUUAUUUGUGGUCAAGAAAGGCAAGAAAGAUUAUUUCCCCAGAAAUUUCGUCCGUAAACGCUUGAUGUCUGAACUGCAAACCCUGGAACAGUCGCUGUCUCUCGCGAUCACCGACGUCGCUGAGAACCAAUGCCAGCAGAUGAUCUGCGCCAACGGCCGCUGCGAGGACCAAAUCCUUCUUGGGAAGGAACAGCAGUUGAUAUCCACCGACGUGAUGGGCUUCUUGUCAUUCCGACACAUCCACCGCGGCGUGUGUGUGUGCCAGGCUGGAUAUGGUGGCUCUAUUUGUGACGAGAUUGUUAACGAAUGCGCCUUCCAGCCUUGCCCUUUGUACAAGGAGUGCGUGCCUAACUCCUCAUCCCUGGGAUACGCGUGUGUAUGUCCUGAUGGCCUCGUAGGCGCUACCUGUUCACAGCCCAAAGAAGCCUGCAUUGGGAAGGAGAACACGCCGACUUGCUACAUGGCGGAAGCGCCCUUCUCCUUCCAGGGCAAGAGUUACGUGCAAUAUCAGCUCCACGUGCCCAUCGAGCGACAUUUUUCCUUCUCUGUCUGGUUCAGGACGCUCUAUCCUUCCGGCAACAUCAUGUUCACGGCCGGCAGACUGGAUUACGCCAUACUCGAGUUAUCGGGGAGCAGAGUGCAGUACCGCUGGGACCUGGGCAGUGGGGAGGGCCGCCUGCAGGUUAUGUCUCCUCCCCUCAACGACUCCCAGUGGCACCACGUGUUCCUGGAGCGCCUCGGCUCCUCCGUUCGCCUGAAGGUGGACAACCUGCAUCAGGCGGAAGGAUCCUCUCCAGGUUCCAGUGAAAUGCUAAACCUGGAGAAACCUGACUUGUACCUUGGAGCUGAGGUGCGGGCUUGGGCAGGGGCUACUGACCCGCGACAAGGACUCGCGGGAUGCAUGGAUGACCCACGGGUGUACGACUCCAAGUUGCCUGUGACCCUGAUGACGUCCAGCACUGCCACCCUCGUACGGCUCACUAAAGUGGCUCAGCACUGCUACGGCUCCCUGCGUGAUCCCGGGGUCUGUGGCACCCAUCCUUGUCUCAACGGCGGCACUUGCGAGGAAAAAGACAACUCUUUCGUGUGCCAGUGUCCCUCAAGAUUCAAAGGCGCUCGAUGUGAAGCGGACUCCGACCCUUGCGCGUCCUCCCCUUGCCUCAACAAGGGCAGGUGUUCCAACGUCGGGGACUCGUUCAUGUGCCACUGUCCUCUGAACAUCACCGGCACUCGCUGCCAGCACAUGUACUGUAACCCCAACCCAUGUCAGAAUAAAGGCAUUUGUGAGGAAGGAAUAUCAGGACCUAUAUGCAUGUGUCAUGGAUUCGUUGGCCUCACUUGUGACAUCGACAUCAACGAAUGCGAGAAGAACCCGUGUCCCAACAAGGCCCUUUGUAUCAACACCCUCGGCAGCUACCGGUGCGAGUGUCCUGAAGGAGUGUCAGGAUCCAUGUGCGCUCUCCCUGAUAGUCCUACUAUGCUUUCCAAGUUCAAAUUGGUGAUCUACGCGAUCGCUGGGAUCUGUGCGCUGACGCUGCUGACGAUCACGGCGCUGUUGGUGGUGCUGUGCGUGCGACGUCGCCGGCCGGGGGGCGUCCGCCCCUCCUACGCCGAGGGGGCGGCGGCGCCCCCCAAGCAGACCGACACCUGCAGCAGACCUGGCAAACUGAGUGGCGCUGACACGCCCCCCAUUCACCACCACCACCACCCCCUGAACCGACAUGGGUGUUCCCCCGACUCUUUCUCCUCCCCCUCCCCCCACACCGACCCCCUCUACAUGCCCCUUAACAACUUCGAUGCCAUACGAAGCUACUCCCCCGCCCCCCGUCACGACCCCCUCGACAACCCCCGUAAUUUCGUCCACAACAUACGAAGAAAUCCCCACGCCCCCCACAACACCCUACCCCCUGCAUGCGGCAACCCCACCACCUCCUCCAAGUACCUGGGGGGCGACGGCCACUCCCCAUACCCUGGGGACUCGUGUCGUUCCGUCAGGACUCUGCCCCCUGGGGCGACGCCCCCCCAGUCCACCAGCCCCCACCACGUCUACAAAGACGUCCUCAGCCACAACCUCAAGGAGGCGUACUAUGACGAGGGCAAGAUACCUAAUGACGUGAUGUUCGGCGGGGGGGCGUCAUGUGGGCGCUGCCUGACGGGGGCCUGCCGUGAUGCCCUGGCGCGCUCACCGGGCGCCGAGUGUCCAGGCUACCAUUGGGACUGUUCCGACUGGACUGGACUUACUCAAAGUCCACUACCGAAUAUCAUCGAAGUCCCCGGACACGAGCUGCCCGACACCUCCAGCUUCCACUCCAACGAGUCCAACGAGUCCCUACCCCUACAGUCCCCACACAAGUCCAACCUGCAGUCCAUCCGUCCACCAGUGGUGAGGUUAGUGAACCCUGAGCGUGACAUGGACACGCUGGCAGCGGACGAGCUCACCAGCGACUGCGGCACAGACUUCGAGCUCGACUCCAGACCAGACCUCGAGCCUUCGCUGGGCGGCGUAGACCCUGGCGCUGAGUCUGAUACUUCCUUGUUUGUUCCUCAGCCGCAAAAGUACAAAUCUCAUCCCAACCAGUACCUGCCUCGCUACCAAAGUAGUGAAACUGACGCCGAGGAAGAGAGACUUAAACUACUUAACAACGAGCCCUUGGCUUCUCCCCAGUCAGCCUCCAGGUUCCACCCUGGGCACAAGUCCACGUCUUCAGCAAAGUCUCCUCCUCACCCAAGACGAUCUCCGCACCAGGACGCUGCGUCCCGCCCCUCAGGAUCUCAUAGCGAUGCUAAAUCUUCACCAACGAACAAACAAGGACCAAACGCCUCCAGCCAAGCGGCGGUCUCCCCUGGGACGCCCACCUCCAGGUUCCCUAGGAUGGGUAUAAUGAAAUCGUCGGAGCCCACGACGCCGGAGGUCGGCUGGGACCAUCGGCCUAGCUCGUCUCGUGGGGACGAUGCGUCAUUUAAAGUGCGCCACAACCGCCGUGUUGGUGCCGGGGCACAGCAGGACGAAGCCGACCAAUUCGAGGUGAUGUCGCUGUGCGGCGGCAACGACGCGAACACGUCCAUGUCUGACGUCGAGAAUCUGUGCGAGAUCGAGGAUUCCGAGAUCAACUCGGAAUUUGAAAACUGAUUUUAUGAUGAGAGUAGAUAGAAAAUUCAUUCAUCUGAGAUAAAACAUUCUCGUGGCAGUGGAUUUCAGUCAAUUUAAUAACAUUGAAACGCAGUUAUUAUGGUGAACUGAUGAACCAGACGUGUUUUAUUUAUGAGACAGUUUCGUUCCUUUAUUACACGGUAAAAAAUCGAGCGCUCCGAUAACUAAAAGAUUCUCACUGUUAACGUGACCACACAGAGAACUGUUAUAGUAAAUGGCAAUGUGAGUUACGUGAGAGUUGAGUGCUUCCACUUCUGCAGGGAAGAGUUUGCUUGCAUGAACAAAGUUUCGUAAGUGUACUUCUAGUGCGAUGGUGCUAUUUAUAAGGAAUCCUAUAUGCCUUCACACACAUUCUCCUGUGCGGUCCGUAGGUUUUUCUUUUUCGGACUCCACUUGUAUUUUAUUUAAGAGAAAGGAAAUAUUUAUUGUAGCUGAAUAUAGUAAGGACAUUCUUCCCUUCGGCAAUAUCUUAUAAUCGGAACAAACUUAAGGGACUGGCGGCCGAAUACAGCAAAUGCUUGAUGAUGUAAACAGCAGACAUGCAAAGGUAGAGUCAGAGCUUACGACCAUCGCAGUGCUGUGGUUGCCGCCUCCUGGUAGAUACUGGUUAUUAUAACGUGGGACCACAACGCUUUUAUUACCUAUAGGUACCUAGUACGGUCACGACUGAUCCAUGUAUAACCUUGUUGUAGUUGGUGGUAAUGAUGCUGAUUCUCUAGUAUUUAUUAUUGUGCCAAACUUUAUGUAGUGGAAUUCAUAGCAACGCGGCGCGGGUGCUAGCAGCUGUGCUCGCUUCACUUAAUAUUAUCUUUUCCUAUUACCUAUUAAAUAGAAUGUUGCUUGUUUAGGUUAUCGUUUCCGGCUCCUACUUCAAUGACAGUUUGUCUUACUUAUAUUUUAUACAAAUGAAAAUAUGUUAAUUUGUGUUAUUUCUUUUGUAAGUAUUCUUUAAUUUUGAAUUGUACAAUUUUUCACGUAGGCUCGGGAGAUCCACAGUUAGCUCGAUCAUUGUCCUGGUUAUGUUUUAAGUAAUUCUCAGUCCCAAGCACGGCAAAGUUUCGACUAAUUUUACGUCAUCGUUAGAAUUCUGCGGUCGUAGGAAGCGUUCACUUAUAAAAAUUCGAUCUCGUCCAAAAUUGAGGUGUAAUUUUUGUGUAAAAUCAUCGUUAUUUAGUUAAUACCGGCGACGGGGCGUACUAUCAGAUGUGUGCAGGUAUUAUAAUAAUCUGAUGUAUGUAGGUAUUAUUUGACAUUAUAAUCCAUUAAUUGCUAUUAGUGUUCGGGUGACUCAGGGAGGCUAUGUUGUGUCAGCAUAAAAUUGUAGCAUUUUAGGUCGUCAUUUUUAUUGUGUUAUGUUGUGUUGUUCGUAGUCGCGGCGAAAAGGGGAGGAGGGAUAAUUUUGAAGCGUUAUGAAUGUUGCGGUUGAUAACGUGCGUAAUUCAACCUUGAAACGGCUUACGAAUGUGGCGGUUAUGAAUCGUGUUAGAUGAGCCUGGAUUGCAAGCAUAUUACGACCGCGUCAGUUUUGUUCAAUGCAUUAGACUAGUGAACCACAAUUGUAAAUUAAAUAAUUUUUUAGCAAAUGCAACCGAAUUUUGCUGGUAAUGAGAACAAUUACGUGAUUGUCAAGGCAGCUGUUGAGGAUGCGUCUUAUUGUUGAUCUUAUGAAUUCUUAAUGUAAGUGAAUAAUGUAAGUGAAUGUCAAACGGUGCUGAAUGUACACAUGUAUAUCAUAUACCACUUUAUACCUAACUUCCAGUCAUAUACAUUCGAAACACAUUCUCGGGAAUAAAUAUUUCAUCCUGGAACGGA